AUGAAUAGAACAUUACGCCGCUACACCAGAACCUUCCACUUCCACUCCUUCAACCUCCAUCCAUCUCCUCCGAUUUCCACCUUCACCACCACCACCCACCACCACCACGCCGCAACAACAACAACAACAUCUUCAUUCAACAAACACCUAACUUUCCUAACAAACAACAACCAACACCUAACCGCCAUAUACCUUUACAACCAAAUCGAAUUCAACAAAACUAUCACCCCUUGUAUAAUCACUCUCACAAUCUUAAUAACCUCUUUCUCUCAUCUGGGUCGUGUCUCUCUAGCAUUCUCCGUUUUCGGUAAGAUUCUCAAACGCGGUUACGUUUUAGAUACUGUAACACUAAAUGCACUUAUCAAAGGUUUGUGCGUUAGUGGUAAAGUUUCCAAGGCGUUGGAGUUUCACGAUGAGCUUGUUGAUAAAGGGUUUGACUUGAAUGAAGUUAGUUAUGGGAUUUUGAUUAAUGGGUUGUGUCGAGAAGGGAGAGUUAAUGCAGCUAUUCAUUUGUUGAGAAUGAUUGAGAAAAAUUGCUUUUUUGUCAAGGGUAAUGUUGUUAUGUAUAGUACUGUUAUUGAUUGUUUGUGUAGAAAUGGGUUUGUGAAUGAGGCUUGUGAGUUUUAUUAUAAUGAAAUGUUGGUUAAUGGUGUUUCUCUGAAUGAGUUUACGUAUGGAUCGUUGAUACGUGGAUUGUGUGGUGUUGGGAGAGUGAGGGAAGGUUUUGGGUUGUUGGAUGAGAUGAUUAGGGAGGGUUUGUAUGUGAGUGUUUAUAAUUUUACGGUUUUGAUUGAUGGGUUGUGUAAAAAGGGUAUGUUAGUGGAAGCACGAGAGGUGUUUGAUGAAAUGGUUAAGAGAGGUUAUGAGGUUAAUGUUGUUACUUGUACUGCUUUGAUGGGUGGGUAUUGUUCGAAUGGUAAUGUGGAUGAGGCUAGGGAGUUGUUUGAUAAGGUUGUUGAUUGGGGUUUUGUGCCUGACGUUUGGACUUGUAAUGUUUUGAUUCAUGGGUAUUGUAAGGUUAAGAGAUUGGAUGAUGCUAUGAAAGUUUAUAAUGAAAUGCGUCGUGUGGGCUUGGUUCCGAAUGUUGUUACUUACAAUUCUUUGAUUGAUUCUUUUUGCAAAUCUGGGGGAGUCUCGCGGGCUUGGGAGAUUGUUAAGACAAUGCACGAUAGUGGUUUGAUGCCUGAUAUUGUUACUUAUUGUAUCUUGUUAGAUGCUUUGUGUAAAAGCCAAUGUCUUGACCAUGCGAUUUUGUUGUUUAAUCAACUAGUGGAAAGGGGUUUGGAGCCUGAUGUCUGGACUUAUACUAUUUUGAUUAAUGGGUUUUGCAUGAAUCAAAGAAUGGGUGAGGCCAUGAAUCUAUUGAAAGAAAUGCAUCUUAAGAAUUUGGUUCCUCAUAUUGUAACUUAUAGUUGUCUUGUUGAUGGCUUAUGCAGAUCUGGGAGAAUACCAUGUGCAUGGAAGCUUCUUAAUAAUAUGCAUGAUUAUGGUCCACCCCCGGAUAAUAUCACUUAUAGUAUCAUGUUAGAUGCUUUAUGGAAAAGUCAACAUCUUGACCAUGCGGUUUUUUUAUUUAAUCAAAUGAUUAGAAGAGGUUUGGAACCUGACGUUUUGUGUUAUACCAUCAUGAUCGAUGGAUAUUGCAAGAGUAAAAGAAUAGACGAAGCCAUGAAUCUUCUCAAAGAAAUGUAUUUGAAAAAUUUGGUUCCUGAUGUUGCAACUUACACGAUACUUUUUGACGGCUUGUUCAAAUCUGAGAGAAUCUCGUAUGUGUGGCAGCUUGUUAAUCUGAUUCGUGACAGUGGUCCACCUCCUGAUGUUCUCAAUUACCUAGAUUCACUUUGCACAAGUGAACAUCUAUACAACAACGGCCUUGUUUCAGCCUAUCGUUAG